AUGGAGGCCUCGGACGCUUCCUCCGGCUCAGGCCUCUUCUACUGGGCCGGCCUGCUGACUGUCGCGUACUUCGCUCUGAGGGUCCUCUACCAUGUGGUGAACGGCGUCCGCCUGUGGGCUCUGGGCGAUCCUAAAGCAGUGGGCCCGCACCUGGGCGCCUGGGCGGUUGUCACGGGAGCGACUGAUGGAAUUGGAAAGGCUUAUGCAGAAGAGUUAGCUAGGCGAGGAAUGAAAGUGGCUCUUAUCAGCAGAUCUCAAGAGAAAAUGGAUCAGGUUGCCAGCGAAAUACGUGGAAGGUUCAAUGUAGAAACAAAAACUAUUGUUGGUGACUUUGAAGAUCGAGAAGCUGUUUAUGAUAAGAUAAAAGAGGGAUUGGAAGGCCUUGAGAUUGGUAUCCUAGUAAACAACGUGGGUGCUUCAUAUCCAUUUCCUCAAUACUUUCUUGAGCUAGCAGACCUAGACAAAACAAUUGACAGAUUGAUUAACAUUAAUGUCUUGUCAGUAUGCAAGAUGACACGAUUGGUGCUGCCCCGCAUGCUGGAAAGGUCCAAGGGAGUAAUAGUGAAUAUGUCCUCUUUUGCUGGGUAUAACCCAUUUCCAUUUGUGACCCUUUACUCAGCAACCAAGGCUUUUGUGGAUUUCUUCUCUCGGGGUCUCAACGCAGAGUACAGAAACAAGGGUGUCAUUGUGCAGAGUGUUCAACCAUAUCUUGUACAGACAAAAAUGACUAAGAUCCGCAAACCAUCCUUUUUUGUACCUACUCCUGAAACAUUAGUAAAAUAUGCCCUCAAUACAGUUGGCCUUGAGAGCCAGACUUCUGGAUACCCAACUCAUUCCCUUUUGGCCUGGAUCAGCAGGAUUUUACCCAAGUGGUAUCGCAAUAAGCUCAUGGUAGACAUAUGCUUGAAAGCAAGAGCCCAUAAUUUGAGGAAACUAAAGGAAAACUGA